AUGGAGAUAAUGAGUAAGUCCCGGUCCCGACACCUGUUGCUUGUUCCCAUUUUGAUAUCUUUCAUUUCCCUUAUCCUCUGCCCUGCGUCUGCAAGCUCAGGGCCUGACUUCGGAGCCCACCCGCGCUUCAUCUGCACCCCUAUUCCCAUGGACGCAGACCCUGCAUGCUUCCCCAUGGGGGGUCCUGGUGUAGGGCCAGGACAUCAAAGUGUACCCCCUGCUGGCUGGUGGGGGGCGAGCGAUGAGGCGAAAGCCACCAUCCUGCACCUCAGGGAGAGCCUCCUGCACCAGAAAGAGACCAUCCUGGACCAGAGGGAGACCAUCAGAGAGCUGACGGCCAAGCUCAGCCUGUGUGAGGGUCUCGGACAGGGCCUCACGCCUCACAACGAGCACCACGGCUCAGACCCCCGUCACACAGGGGCGGACAGUCAUCACACGUACACUGACAACGGGCACUAUAGCAACCAGCAAGGUCCCCAUGGAAACCUUAUACCAGACUCACCGCACUACCCAUCCAUGGGGGGGCAGCGAUCUGAUGGGGGGCACAGCGACCACCAGGGGAAGGAUAAACAUGUGAGACCCGGGGACAUAACAUCGUCCCCAGAGCAGAUGGAGAGGAUGCUGCAGGCGCUGAAGGACAGGCUGGACAAUCUGCAGAAGAGGAACACGUCUGUGGCCUACUCCAGCUCUCUGAAGGAGCUUCUCCAGAGGAAGAUCAACGCUCUGGAGCAGCAGCUGCGCCGUCACUCCUCCGCCCUCAGCAGCCAUGACCACCAUGAUGACGACAGCACCCACAGAGACGACAAAGACCAUCACCAUGACGAACACCACGACGAUCGCCACGACGAUCGCCACGACGAUCGCCACGACGAUCGCCACGACGAACACCACGACCAUCUCCACGACCAUCGACACGACGAACACCACGACGAUCGCCACGACGACCGCCACGCCGACCACCACAACGAUGACCACAAGAACGACCACAGGGACAGCAGUCGCCACACAGACCAUCACGAUGUGGACAGUGACCACGACGACUACGAUGAAGGGCACCAUGAUGACGAUGAUGACGAUGAUGAUGAAGACCACCAUAGUAAUGAAGCAGACAGUCACAGUUAUCAUACACACACAGGGCCACAGACUGGUUUCCACUCAAAUAAACUGGAAACAAUGCUCAGCAAGCUGCACCUCUCAGGUCACAGCAGGGACAACUCUUUUAAUCCCGAAGGUUUUCAAAUCAGCUUCCCCAUGAGAACCAACUACAUGUACGGGCAGGUGAAGACGACGCUGAUGCAGGAGAUCUUCGCCAUGACGUUGUGUCUCUGGAUCAAGGCGGGCGCCGGGCAGACCCUGGGGACGCCCUUCUCUUACUCAGCACCAGGACAGGCUAAUGAACUAGUGCUCAUUGAGUGGGGGGACAACCCCAUGGAGCUGCUGAUUGAUGACAAGGCUUUGACGCUCCCUCUGUCAUUGGGUGAUGGGGAGUGGCAUCACAUUUGUGUGACUUGGUCCACAAGGGAUGGGCAGUGGGAGGCCUACCAGGACGGAGAACAGAGGGGGUCCGGGACAAACCUUUCCCCCUGGCACCCGAUCAAAGCUGGAGGAGUCUUCAUCCUGGGACAGGAACAGGAUAUUCUGGGAGGCCGUUUUGAUGCCACUCAGUCUUUUGUGGGAGAGAUGUCAGACCUACAUUUGUGGUCACAUGUUCUGCCUGCCAGUGACAUCUACAGCCUGGCCUCAUGUGGCAGCGACCUCAAAGGAGACGUCAUCGCUUGGUCCGAGACAGAGGUGGAGCUUCAUGGAGGCGUCACCAAAUACCCUUUUGACCCCUGUCACUGAAAGGCCAUAACACCAGUGAAGUACUUGAAGAGAUAUCCUGAAAUGUACUGAGAAUAUUUAUCAUUCAUCAAAAGGUGCAAGAAUAAGAAAAAUCUCCCACUGACUUUCAGUUAUUUUGAGGAUGAUUAAUAGUGGCACCAACUGAAUGCCUUCCUUUAAACUUAAUCAGUGACUUUUUCUUUAAAAAGAAAAAUAACAAUAAGUCUAAUCUGUGUUUACAGAGACUUUG